AGAAAUAAUUAAUGAAUAAUAAUUAUUAUUACGUGAAAACCUAGAAAAAUGAGAAUUUCAGUAGUUAUCACACUGCUGAUCGCAGCAGUCAACGCUAGACCCAGUAUAUAUCCAGAUGGAGAUCAAGUAAUUGAUCAAAAUCAAGAUGGCGUUCAGCUAGCGAAUGGUAAAAAUAUCUAUCAAGAUACCAACCAAGGACAAAACGCCGAACAAGAUGUUUCAGGUGGUCGAAAGCAAAAGAACGACCAGGGAAUAAAUCAAAACCAAGACAGUAUUGUACUGGCUAAUGGUAAAAAUAUUGGCCAAAUAACUAACCAAGGACAGAAUGGCGAACAAGAUACUUCUGGGGGUGUAAGUAAAAAUAAUGACCAAGGGAUUGAUCAAAACCAAGACAGUAUUAAAGUAGCUAAUGGUAAAAAUAUUGGCCAAGUAACUAACCAAGGACAGAAUGGCGAACAAAAUUCUUCUGGGGAUGUAAGUAAAAAUGAUGACCAAGGGAUUGAUCAAAACCAAGACAGUACUGAAGUAGCUAAUGGUAAAAAUAUUGGCCAAAUAACUAACCAAGGACAGAAUGGCGAACAAGAUACUUCUGGGGGUGUAAGUAAAAAUAAUGACCAAGGGAUUGAUCAAAACCAAGACAGUACUGAAGUAGCUAAUGGUAAAAAUAUUGGCCAAAUAACUAACCAAGGACAGAAUGGCGAACAAGAUACUUCUGGGGGUGUAAGUAAAAAUAAUGACCAAGGGAUUGAUCAAAACCAAGACAGUAUUAAAGUAGCUAAUGGUAAAAAUAUUGGCCAAGUAACUAACCAAGGACAGAAUGGCGAACAAGAUUCUUCUGGUGACCGAAACACAGACAAUGAUAAAAACAUAGAUCAAAAUCAAGAUAAUAAUCAAAAAGGUAAUGGCAAAAAUAUUUACCAAGUGAGCGACCAAGGUCAAAAUGCUGAACAAAAAAGCUCUGGUGAUCGAAACAAAGACAAUGAUAAAAACAUAGACCAAAAUCAAGAUAAUAAUCAAAAAGCGAAUGGCAAAAAUAUUUACCAAGAGAGCAACCAGGGUCAAAAUGCUGAACAAGAUUCAUCUGGUGGUCCAAACAAAUACGCUGUCCAAGGUAUUGGUCAAAAUCAGGAUAGCUCACAAGUUGCUAGAGGCAUAAACAUUGGCCAAGUAACAAAUCAAUUACAAAACGGACAACAAGGCUCUCGAAACGGCUUGCCAAGUCUCCCGAAUAAGGGCAGCAUUCCAAAAACUAACCAGAAUCUUUAUCAAAACCAAGGGAGUAUUCAACAGGCCAAUGGGAAAAAUAUCGGACAAGUUACAGGCCAAUACCAAAAUGGUAUACAGAAUGGUAUUGGCGGAAGGCUGCCAAUUCCGAUCAGAGGAAUAAAACCAAACGCUUAUCAAGGACUUGGUCAAAAUCAAUUGAGCAUUCAGCAGGCAUAUGGGACCAAUAUUGACCAACUGACUAACCAAGGGCAAAAUGGCGUUCAAACUUCUGGUGGAAACGGGUCUACUGACCAAGGAAUAAAUCAAAACCAAGGAAGCUCGCAAUUAGCCAAAGGAAGAAACUUAGGACAAGUUAAUAAUCAGCUCCAGAAUGGGAUGCAAAAAGUGACUGUUACGAAAGGCCUACCUGGCACCAAGCAAAUAACUCAAAACCAGUUGAAUACCCAAGGAGCGAAUGGCGAAAACAUCCACCAACUCACUACUCAAUACCAAAAUGGCGAACAACUUCUUUAGAAAGUGAAAAUUACAUAC